UUUCCGGGAAAAUUCUCCGAUUUUCUCUCUUUCUCGAACUCUGAAAUUUCCUCUAUUGAUCGGAGAGUGAUCAGUGUUCACUGAUCUGCCACGUUCUUCCUCCUCGGUGCAUAAAUAUUAGUGUUCGAAUCGGCGAAGACGUUGUAUGAUAUUGUAGUCUAUUUUGCUUGUUGAUAGAAUUUGAAAUCUAGGGUUUAUCGAAUCGUUUUUCCUUUUCCUUUUCCGUUUCGGUUUCUUGGAGUUUCCCAGAUAAAGUUAGCAAAUCUUCUCGAUUGGUCAGAGCCGCUUGUGUUGAAUUCUGAAAUUUCUGUGGGUUUCGUGGUGGUUUCGCUCCAUUCAAGUUGGUUGUAGAUCGUUCGAAAAUCUGAAGAUUUCGUCGUAGAGUUAGUGCUUCAAGGUGUUGGAAGAAAUUGAAGAAAUUAGGGUUUCAGUGGUUACGAUCCAGUUUUCGAAAUUGACUUGGAGUUUUGUGGCACUUCUGUUCUCUUAAUUCGAUAAUAUAAGGAGAUCAUGGAGAUUGAUGGUGUAAACGAUGUUCAUAUCUUGGAUCCUGAGCUCUUGCAGCUUCCGGGUUUGUCUCCUUUAUCGGUGAAAACAAACCCUCAUAUUGCUGAGGAACUCUUCUCACAGUGGCUUUCACUCCCUGAGACUGGCCGAUUGGUCAAGUCUUUGAUUGAUGAUACUAAAUCUAGUACCCCAGUCAGUGUAUCCAAGAAUUGUGCCAAUCUCAACAUUUCUUGCGGAAGUGCAUUGCCAUCUGUGUUUCUGAACAGUGGCACUCCCCCACUAUCCCCUCGAAGUUCAUCUGGGUCUCCCCGUUUCUCGAGGCAAAAGACAAGUCCUUCUUCUCUACAGUCUCCUUUGAGAUCAGUCAGAGAACCAAAGCGCCAGCUCAUCCCACAGUUUUACUUCCAACAUGGGCGUCCACCUGCGAAAGAACUAAAGGAGCAAUGUAUAUCCAUGGUCGAUCAUUAUUUUAGUAACUAUAUUGACGGACUUCGUAUGGAUGAAUUCAAAUCUAUUACGAAAGAAGUCUGCAAGCUGCCUUCUUUUCUUUCUUCGGUACUUUUUAGAAAGAUAGAUACGAAAUGCACCGGUAUCGUUACAAGGGAUGCAUUUAUCAAGUAUUGGGUUGAUGGACAUAUGUUGGCAAUGGACGUAACCACACAAAUAUAUAAUAUUUUGAGGCAGACAGGCUGCAAGUACCUCAGACAGGCUGACUUCAAACCAGUUCUUGAUGAGCUGCUGGCAUCUCAUCCUGGCUUGGAAUUCUUGAGGAAUACACCUGAAUUUCAAGAAAGAUAUGCUGAGACUGUCAUCUACAGAAUAUUUUACUACAUAAACAGAUCAGGAACUGGUUGCAUUACUCUUAGAGAGCUGAAGCGUGGGAAUCUUAUUGCUGCCAUGCAACAAGUUGAUGAAGAAGACGACAUCAAUAAAGUUAUUAGGUACUUCUCGUAUGAGCAUUUCUACGUUAUAUACUGCAGAUUUUGGGAACUCGAUGGCGACCAUGAUUUCUUUAUUGAUAAGGAAAAUCUCAUCAAGUAUGGUAAUCAUGCCCUUACUUACAGGAUUGUCGACAGGAUAUUUACACAGGUCCCUAGGAAAUUCACGAGCAAAGUUGAGGGGAAGAUGGGUUAUGAAGAUUUUGCAUACUUUAUUCUCGCCGAGGAGGAUAAGUCCUCUGAGUCCAGUCUUGAGUAUUGGUUCAAGUGCGUAGACCUGGAUGGAGAUGGGGUGAUCACUCCCAACGAAAUGCAGUUUUUCUACGAAGAGCAGCUGCAUCGCAUGGAAUGCAUAACCCAGGAACCUGUACUCUUUGAGGAUAUCCUAUGUCAAAUAUUCGACAUGAUUAAACCGGAGAAGGAGAACUGCAUCACACUCCAGGAUCUGAAAGCAUCUAAACUUUCUGGAAAUAUUUUCAAUAUACUCUUCAACCUGAAUAAAUUCAUGGCGUUUGAAACCCGUGACCCUUUUCUCAUUCGCCAGGAACGUGAAAAUCCAACAUUGACAGAAUGGGACCGAUUUGCUCAGAGAGAGUAUGUGAGGUUAUCGAUGGAAGAAGAUGUGGAGGAAGUCUCGAAUGGGAGUGCAGAUGUUUGGGAUGAACCACUCGAAUCUCCAUUUUAGUUACUUCAUAAGAGUAGUUUCUUGGGAAGAAGAGGAGGAGGUUGAGUUUGGAUCUUCUUGGCCGAGUAACAGCCUCGGAAAGGGAAAGGGUUCUCAGACAACCACGAAAGCCAAUCCCUUUCCAACCUAGGGAUUGGCGAGCAAAUGAGAGUUUGUCUGAGAAAGUGUCAUUUCAUGAAAUAUUUAUCUUGCUUAGGGUUUUUCAGGUCGGACACUCUUUUCAAUCUACUAUGUAUAUUAGUAUACGUCGGUUUAUAGUGUUUUGUGGAACCAAACAACAACGGUUUUAUAUUCAAAAUCGAAAGAACUUGUUUUGUACAAAGACUUUUUUUGUAGGCGAAAAGGGUUCUAAACUUUCAAUU